AUCAGAUGAGGUUAGAUGCAUCCGAUAGUAGCAUUAUAAUUAUAUUGUGAUUAUGUCGAAAUUUUGGAGUAAAUAUUCGUGUAUUUUUCAUAUGGCUCAUAAUUAUGUAUGACAGUUUGACAUAUGCUAUAAAAUACAUAUAGAUACAUAGGAAAUGAAUAUAAAUAUAGAGAAAUACAUUUUUAUAUUCGAUGAGACAGGUCGUUACCUGCAUGCGGUCGUGAAAUCAGGCUAAGGUAAUAAAGGUGAAAGGUCAAAGGCAACGGGCUAGUGCGGAUAUCGACCCGGGUGAGAUCGAGAGAAGGCGAGGUAACCCGGUUACAGUCGGGGUAGUGGAUAGGCGCGAAAGCAGGUUGCCCUAGAAUUCGACUCUGGCGUUUCCGCACACGCGCGCUGUUUAACAAAACUCACCCCCAAAGGGAGUCUGUCUAAAACAGUUCGAACCCUCCUCCCCCGUUUCGUUUUCCAAGCGAUUUCUAGCAAUUCUGAAUUCGUCGUCCAAAUAAAAAACAGCAGAAUAUCGUGGAAGAAAAUAUGCCAUACGAUGCAAAUUUUAAAGCAAAUGAUCUUGGAAGGACACCAUUUGCAUUUUUUAAAAAUUUAUUCACGAUAAAAUGUCUUUUAAAUGUUUGUAUUAUCUGGAGGGAAUUGCAUUGUGUAAAAAAAAUCAUCAAGUUAAUUUAUUACACAAGUUCUAUAUAAACGUGCCUUAUUAUAUAUACACAUUUUGAACAAUGACAAGAAAGAGGUAUGCAAUUUUCUUUUUUCCACUCAGUCCAGAAAACUCCAUGCGACACGUUUUUUUUGGCGAAUACAUACAUACAUACAAGAAGAGUACUUCUGCGAAUGCGGUGAAAGUGACGGGUCAGCUGCUAUUAUGUUCCCAUCUGGAUUCCUAGACUCGGCCCUGCGCGCAGGGGUGCGCGUAGGGGUGCGCGGCUAGCACGAUGAUAGGAAGGGUGGAAAAGAGAGAGAAAGACAGGACGAGACAGAUAGAGACGACGAGAAAGGGAGAGAGAGAGAGAGAGAGAGAGAGAGACGGGGUGAGCAGAAACUGCUGUCCACGACUAGCUCACCAGCCGUCGUCGUCGUCGUCAGUCGGUGGUCGCACGCUCGUUCGGGGGUGACGGGUGCGUCUGCAUACGCGAGGAGGGCGAUGGAGGCUUCGUGCGCCUCCUUGGCGAUCGAGUGAGACGCGCCAUUCGAUGAAUCCGCGUCACCCUCGUCGUUCCAUAUCGUCCGUCGUGAUAGUGACACGGACAAAACAGAGAGCAGCGGAAAAAAGAGAGAAUUGAGCAACGCGGAGCGACAAAAUGUCGACGUACCACUGUUUAUUGUGAACAAAUCGAGGAAACGAGGGAGAGAGAGAGAGGGAGAGAGAGGAGAAAAGAGGAAGAGAGAAAAAAGGGGUUGAACACACACACAGUGGCGAUACCUCUCUCUUUUUCUCAACUUGUCGAAUAAGGAGUGUGAGACAUGCCUGACAUGAUAAGGAGCCAUCAUCGGCGCAUCAUGCGACCAUGCGAAUCUAACUCGUAACGGGAAACGGGGGCGUCCCGAGGUUGCUUUGAGACGGGAAGUGAGGAAGCGAUUGGGCAACCCGUGAAGCGAUGUAUGCCGCGGCGGGUGGUGCCAGCAUCGCCAACCGGAGGAAACAGAAGCGGCUGCAGCUUAACAAGCAAACGCCGGUCCAUGUCGUCCCGCCAAGACUGAAGAGCGGCGCACCCCCUGGCUCGCGUCAUCACCAGCAGCAGCACUAUCAGCACCACCAGCAUCAGCAUCAGCAUCAACAUCAGCACCAGCACCAUCACCAGUUCCAUCAUCAUCAUCACCAUCACCAUCAUCAUCAUCCCCCGACCAAGCUCGCCGCCGCCGCCGCCGCCUGUCAGCAAGUCCCGCGUGCGCAUCAGCAAGCGCUGACCUCGACGUCGUCGUCGUCCGCCGCCUUCCAUCCGGUCAUCGACGAUCGGCGCCGCCACACCGAUCAUCACAGGUCCCGCCAGCAGCAGGUCCCGCCGGUCUCGCCGAUCCAGUUCCCAAUCUCGCCGCCCCCGCUUUCCCUCGAGUCCUCGGCGUCCGCAACCACCUAUCCGGCUAACAACAAGUCUAGCAAGUUUCCCUUUCCGCCGUCCUCGGUCCUCGAUCUCCGAGUCUCGCCUCCUACUUCGGAGCUACAGUGCGGCGGUCAAGGACCUGGCGGUAAGGCAGCAUGGCAAGGAUGCAACAGACCUUCCCCCCUUCCCUUAUCUCCUACAUCACCUGGAUAUCGAGGAGAUGGCUACAGGACGAAGCAGUGCGAAGCACAUCGACGAUGGAUGAAAAGGAACAGGAUCAGAGACGCCAGUUACUGCUACGGGAGCAGCGACGACGAGGAAGAUGACAGCAGUAACGCCCUGCGGCAAAGGGGAGAGGUCAGCGCGGCGGUCAACACCGUGCUCUACGUGGGUUUAGGGACCACUGCGCUCGGUUUAGUUAUCUCGUUCGUCGGCACCGGUGAGAAGGGUUUCCUGAGCCCGCAGCUGAGACUCGUCGGCCCGUCGCUCCUGUGCGCCGGAUUGCUGUGCUGUCUGUUCCGCGUGCUGUUGUGCCUCUGUCUGUGCCGGUGCGGCCAGUGCCGCUGGCAGUUCUGUCAGGUGGCCUCGAAGAAGAAGGAGAAGGCGAGGAAAGCGGAAGCGCGACCGGGAACGUUGUCGACCGCCUCACUGUUGCCGGCGACGCAGCAGGAACGACCGAUCGCACCCACCAGCCGGCCCGUAUCACCGGCAACGAAGGGACACGAGCUCCUGCUCUCACCUGCCCAAUUACCGGAGUGAAAGGACGUACAACGUUAACGCGCGCCACGAACGUUUUUUACGAAAUGAAAUUCUAUAUACAUAUACAUAUAUAUAUAUAUAUAUAUAUAUAUAUAUAUAUAUAUAUAUACAUAUAUAUAUAUAUAUGCGCCGAUUUACUGCCGGUUCUCGCCCAAUUACUCGACUCUAGUUUUCUGUUUUUGAGCGGCCUGAACCGCGAGUUCUCGCAGCCUAAAGAGUAGUUUAAACAUGCGUCUUUAGAUCUUAAAAAAACAAUAGAUAAAUAAAGGAAUCGGCUACGUUUUUCUAUUCCUUGUCGUAUUGUCGAAAGUAAAGAAUCCAUCACCGUUCGACCGGGUCUCUCAGUCUCCUGGUUUUAUUUACGCUCACACUUACAAGUUGCUUCUCUUUACAAAUGUUAAAAUUAUCAUAACUCGCGACACCUUGUCUCUCGACCCGAAUCUUACAAUGAUCAUGCUUAAACGUUAAAACUUAAAAUACUUUGCUGCCCACAUAUCGCUAGGCAAAAAACCGUUUCUCUCCUUUUCACGCAAUUGUAAUCUGUGCGCAAUCGUCCUUAUGAUCUGUUCACAAAUCACAGUGUGUCUUAGAACAAAUACAUUAUAUCGAUAUCACUUUAA